GCUCCGUCAGCUGAGGGUCACGUGGGCCCGGCCGCGUUGCGGGGCCGGAACUGUCGGCGCGGGAUCCGGCGCCUUCCGCUCAGCUGGGCUCAGGAUGCGCGGCGGGCAGGGCGCGGCCCGGGCCCCGGUGCUCCAGUUCACCAACUGCCGCAUCCUGCGGGGCGGGGCGUUGCUCAGGGAGGAUCUGUGGGUGCGCGGGGGCCGCGUUCUGGACCCCGAGAAGCUGUUCUUUGAGGAGCGGCGCGUGGCUGAUGAGCAGCGGGACUGCGGGGGCUGCAUCCUAGCGCCUGGCUUCAUCGACGUGCAGAUCAACGGUGGAUUUGGCGUUGACUUCUCUCAGGCCACGGAGGACGUGGGUUCGGGAGUCGCCUUGGUGGCCCGGAGGAUUUUGUCGCACGGAGUUACCUCCUUCUGCCCCACGUUGGUCACCUCGCCACCGGAGGUUUAUCACAAGGUCCUUCCUCAGAUCCCUGUGAAGAGUGGUGGUCCCCAUGGGGCAGGGGUCCUCGGGGUGCACCUGGAGGGCCCAUUCAUCAGCCGAGAGAAGCGGGGUGCGCACCCCGAGGCCCACCUGCGCUCCUUUGAGGCCAAUGCUUUCCAAGACGUGCUGGCCACCUACGGGUCCCUCGACAACGUCCGCAUCGUGACCCUCGCCCCUGAGCUGGGCCGCAGCCAUGAAGUGAUCCGGGCGCUGACGGCCCUCGGCAUCUGCGUGUCCCUAGGGCACUCCGUGGCUGACUUGGGGACCGCGGAGGAAGCCGUGCAGAGCGGGGCCACCUUCAUCACCCACCUGUUCAACGCCAUGCUGCCUUUCCACCACCGUGACCCAGGCAUCGUGGGGCUCCUGACCAGUGACCAGCUGCCCCCGGGCCGCCACAUCUUCUACGGGCUGAUUGCCGACGGCAUGCACACCAAUCCUGCCGCCCUGCGCAUUGCCCACCGCGCUCAUCCCAAGGGGCUGGUGCUGGUCACUGAUGCCGUCCCCGCCCUGGGCCUGGGCAACGGCCGCCACACACUGGGGCAGCAAGAAGUGGAGGUGAAUGGGCUGACAGCCUACGUGGCAGGCACCAAGACGCUGAGCGGCAGCAUAGCCCCAAUGGAUGCGUGCGUCCGGCACUUCCUGCGGGCCACAGGCUGUGGAGUGGAGUCUGCCCUAGAGGCUGCGUCCCUGCACCCCGCCCGGCUGCUGGGGCUGGAGAAGCACAAGGGGACCCUGGACUUCGGGGCUGAUGCAGGUCAGGGCCCAAGGAGAGGCGGCUCCAGGAGUUCUUGGGAGGCCCAGGGCAGGGCCGGGGAUGGCGGGCGGGCAGGAUCUCCCCCUACCCAGGGGUCUUUGCCUGGCCAGCGUCCUUGGUCAGGCCAGGCGGGGGCUGCCGGGAGCCCUGCUGGCUGCCAUCGGUGCCAGGAGUGGUCCAGGCUGCAUGCGACCUGUGAUGGGCCCUAAGACCCCGCAAGUCAGGUCUGGGCCUUGAGUCCCCUCCUCACGGCCCGCCUCUGACCCAGACUUCGUGGUGCUCGAUGACUCUCUACACGUCCGGGCCACCUACAUCUUGGGCGAGCUGGUGUGGCAGGCAGAGGUGGCCAGGCAGUGACCGAGGACCACAGCUGGAGAGGAGGCCCAGCCCCAGCUGGACACUGUCGCUGGGCCGUGGAGGAGCAGGUCUCCAGAGAGGAGGGGAGCCCUGCCCCGUGGAGGCGCAGGCUGGGGGGCGGGGCUUGGAUAAACGUGUGUCCUCGGGGGA